AUGGGAAGUGCUGCCAUUGAGGAUAUAGAAGAGUUCGGGAAGAUGGAUGUUGAUGAGUUUUGUUCUCUUGCUGAUAUCUUGUUUCUUCUUCUAAUUGUUCAUCACUGGCUCCAGACAAAUCUUAAGCACCUCAUUCUAAACGUCAAGCAUGUCGUUCGGGAUGUCUAUGUCGUGGAGCAGAAAUUUAAAAUUGUGAUCAACCAUAUUCUUUUGUCAAUUAGCGCUUGA